AUGAUUGGGUCAGUAUCGGUUGGGCAGCGGUUUGGAAUGCUGUUGAGGGCUUCGGAGAUGCCGCAUUCGGUGAGAAACAGGCUGCUUGUGGGUUUCGAAAGAUUCAAUUCCAGUGCUGCUGGGUCUCGUAUACAUCAUAUUCAUCUCAAGAAUGGUAGGCAGCAGUUCUACCCUGCGGAGAAGCUGGGUCUGGGUGACAUCAAUGAGAACGUGCUGGAGGCGAAGUACGCCGUGAGAGGAACGAUCCCGAUGCGGGCUGAAGAGCUGCAGGAGCAGUUGCACAAGAAUCCCGGGUCGCUGCCCUUUACGAGCAUCGUGAGUGCGAACAUUGGCAACCCGCAGCAGCUGAAGCAGAAGCCGUUGAGCUUCUACAGACAGGUGCUGUCGAUUCUGCAGCACCCGGAGAUCCUGGACCAGGGCAGGGGGGAGCUGGUUGCGAAGGGUGUGUUUGCAAGAGACGCGAUCCGGCGUGCUGAGCGACUCCUGAAAGACGUCGGAGGGUCAGUCGGAGCGUAUUCUUCGUCGCAGGGCGUGCUCGGUAUCAGGAAAACGGUUGCGGAGUUCAUUACGAGAAGAGACGGCGGUGAGCCAGCGUACCCGGAGGAUAUUUAUCUGACUGCGGGAGCUUCGGCCGCUGUGUCGUAUCUCCUGUCGAUCCUGUGCAAAGGUCGGGAAACAGGCGUGUUGAUUCCGAUCCCGCAGUACCCGCUUUACACCGCUUCGCUGGCCUUGAACAACUCGCAUGCGCUGCCUUACUACCUAGACGAACGGUCUGGCUGGUCCACAAACACUGAAGAAAUCGAGAGCGUCGUCAAGGAGGCGGUGGAGAAUGGCAUCAGGCCAGCGGUUCUGGUGGUGAUCAAUCCAGGUAACCCCACCGGUGCCGUGCUAUCGGUAGAGGCGAUCGAGGAGAUCUUCACUGUCGCGGCCAAGCACGGCAUCGUGGUCAUCGCAGAUGAGGUGUACCAGGAAAACGUAUUCUCUGGUGCUGAGUUCCACUCGAUGAAAAAGAUCUUGAGGAAGUUGCAGAAAGAACACCCGGGAAUCUACGACAAUGUGCAAUUGGCUUCGUUGCACUCGACUUCAAAGGGUGUGUCUGGCGAAUGCGGGCAGAGGGGCGGUUACAUGGAACUAGUCGGCUUCAGCCGCGAGGUAAGACAGGUGGUGCUGAAGCUCGCCUCAAUCUCGCUGUGUCCCGUGGUCACCGGACAGGCUUUGGUGGACUUGAUGGUGGCACCUCCAAGACUUGGCGAUGAGUCCUACGAAACGGAUCGCUUGGAACGUCAGACUAUCCACAACGAGUUGGAUCGUAGAGCUUCGUUGUUGCACGAGGUCUUCAACUCGUUGGAGGGAAUCGAAUGUCAAAAGCCGCAGGGCGCCAUGUAUCUGUUCCCCAGAUUGAAGCUUCCUUAUAAGGCUGUGCAAGCUGCACAACAUUUGGAAAUGACACCCGACGAAUUUUACUGUCUAAGUCUGCUCGAAGCCACUGGUAUCUGUACAGUCCCAGGUUCGGGCUUUGGCCAAGAGCCAGGUACCUACCAUUUAAGGACUACUUUCUUGGCAUCAGGUGUUGAGUGGAUCAAGAAAUGGGAAGCUUUCCAUAAGAGUUUUUAUGACCAGUACCGGGAUUAA